AUGCCUCGCGAAAUCACCGACAUCAAAUCCUUCUUGGAGAUUUGCAGACGCAAGGAUGCUUCCUCCGCCCGCAUAAAGAAGAAUGUCGGAAAGACCAGCUCCAUCAAGAUCAAGGUCAGAUGCCAAAAGUACUUGUACACCCUUGUCCUUAAGGAUUUGGAGAAGGCCGAGAAGUUGAAGCAAAGUCUUCCACCUAACCUCACCAUCGCCGAUACCCCAAAGAAGAACCAAAAGGGAAAGAGAAUCGCAUAG